AUGUCUACCGCCGAGUACAGCCGCCUCCCGACGUACGACCCAGACCGUGUCAAUGUAGAGGAGGAUGAGGAAAACCGACCACGCUCCUACCGAGACGACCCUCGUUUUGUUGAACCAACACCCGCACAUUGGAAGCGUGCAGCAUUGAUUUUGUUCAUAUUGUUCCUCGCUUGGGCGGGAUAUAAGCUCCGUUCCAUGCGAAGCGACCCAGUUUAUGUAUAUGCUGAUAGGUACUCCCAACAGUUCAAGUAUCGUCCCGCCGCCUCUCCCAUCAUUCGGAGAAGACUUCCUGACGGUCGAAUCGAGAUUCGAGGCGACUAUCCGCGGCGCCAUCCCCCUCGAGAGGAAUUAUAA